GGUUUCUCCAUGAUCAGCAAACAGCCUGAGCUGACGGAGGGCAUGAUGGAGACGCUGUUAGAAGCAGAGCGCACCCUACAGGCCGCUCAAGAGAAUGUGUACUCUGUGGACGACACGUGUGUGAUCCUGCUUCUGAAAGGCCUGUGUCUGAAGAACCAAGGCCAGACGCAGACGGCAGAGGACUGUUUCAGACAGGUUUACAGCAGUGAAAAGAAGUUGAAGUUUGAUCAUUACCUGGUUCCUAACGCUCUGCUGGAGAUGAGUCUCCUGUACAUCGACACGGGGAGGAAAGAGCAAGCCAUCCAUCUACUGCAGAAAGCCAAGAAAAACUACAAGGAGUACUCUAUGGAGUCUCGUACGCAGUUCAGGGUCCAUGCGGCCCUCACCAAACUUAAAGCUGACACCAAUGACCAAGAUGAAAUAACAACAUUGUGAGGAAAGAUGAUACUGAGUCAAUGGCGUCUCUUCUCUGAGGACCAGAGCAGAGUUACAUGGUCACUUUAUGGGGAGAACGAAAGGCCAAAGACACAGUGUGGUUUAUAUGCCAUGGUACUGCCCAGUGUUAACCCGUCUCAUUUUUUGGGCCGUAUUAUGGGAAACACUAAAAACUUCAUCUGUACAUUCUCCUCCAGGAGGUUAGGUGCCAAAUCGAUGUUUAUUUUAGUCAGAUAAAAAAAUAGAUGAAUGGAUAUUUGAAAUGUAAACCAGGGUUUAAGCUCCGUUGUGUUAAAAUGUAUUAAAACGUACAUUUUAGGGAGCAUUAGAAAUCAAGUUAAUAUUAAGUCCUGUACAGAUUUAAUAAGGGAAAAUUACUAGAAAACUGACAGUGUUUACAUAGAUUUAGACAAACAUUUUACACUUAGUUGUAAUGAUGAUUAAACAUGUUGAUUAUUGUAAGGCUGAGUGUGGGAUUGAAUACAUUAUUAUUGAUUAUUAUAUGCCUUUCUUGAAUAAAUCAAGAACGUUUAUAAUAAUCAAAUGCUUCAAAUAGCAUCAUAAAUAUUCA